AAAUCAGGAGAAAACCACAGGCCUUUUUUGGCGGUACCUUGCUAGAAAGCCAUGGUACAUGAUUUUGGCUAGAAAGCCAUUAAUGGAAGCUAUGGAAGCUUGAAGCUUCUUUGAAGAAAUAAACUAUAAAAAUUCUAGAGUGUGAUUGGUCUCCCUUAACAUUGAGGGGGAGUCCUCCUUUUAUAGGAGUAGUUGGAGCAUCUACGGGGGAAUAUUCUUUUAUUCCUCUAUUUUAUUAAACAGACCCGUUUUGACUGUUCUUUGUAAAUAAUUGGAAAAUGUGGGCCGAGCAACGUAUUAUUUCCCAUCAAGAAGUCCUCCACUUUUUUAAGUUGUGAGAAUCAUCAACUUAAAAAGUAAACAAGUCCUCCGAGUGCUAUCUUCAGUCUUCUUACUUUCCAUUCUUGACCGGUUGAUAUUAUUGCUAGUCCUUUGAGUCUUCAUUAAUUCUCUAAUUCCUUGAAUCAGAAGUUUUUCCUGCAAAAAGUAAUAUGUACAACAUUUUUUUUGACCGGCGUAUGCCGUGCUCAAAAAAUUAUUAUCUUUACCGAGGAGCCUAGUGUUAGGUGAUUAAAAUUCGCGUGGAUAAUUAUCGUAACAAGAGCGAUGUCAGUUUGAUAAAGCAACGAUGCUUCGAGUAGUUAUACGACACUAGAGUUAGUACGAUGAAGCGGCGGUGCUUCAAGUAGUUAUUUCGUCGAGACCGAUAUUAGUACGGAUUAAGUAAAUGAUGCAUAGCGAAAUUAGUAUAUCGAAGUGAUCGAUGUUAUUCAAUACGAAUUAAGGACGCUGCAGCAGCUUUGUCGAAGAUCGAUGUUAGCCAGCUAACUGAUGCAAAUAUCUUCAUGUAAUGCAGAGACCAUUUCCAAAGUUCCGGAGUGCCUUGUUUAAAAGGCUCGAAGAAUCGGGCAUCCCCGAUAAAAGCUCAGCUGAGACACUGGUGUACCCAAUUCGAUUGGGUUCAGACUUACGAGAAAAUAUGUGCAAGACCGAUAUGUAUAUCAUUCUUGGUCUGUCUCGCGCACAAGAAUGAUAUUUACCAGCGUGCCAGGCCGGGCCUGUGUCACAUAUUUUAAUAUUUUUUUAUUAUUCUGAGCAAGACCAGUGUAGUAACCAGCGUGCCAGGUCGGGCCUGUGUCUCAGUCUUCCACUUUUUUUUAAUACUGAGUAAGACCGGUGUUGUAACCAGCGUACCAAGCUCGGCUUGUGUCUCUGUCUUCCCUCUGAAUUCGUCCAAAAGGUAUGAACAAAUACCCAAAUUAUUGCUCCAUAAUACUAACCCACUCCACCAAUUGUUGGUGGUGGCCCCCCUUAAAAAAUAAGUGAGGAACUUAUUUCCGUAGUAUUCAAUGUAUGCCCUCCCACCAACAUAAUUAAAUGGUGGGGCCCAUUGUGAAAAUAAGUGAAGGAGCUUGAUUGUCCUUGCUCCUUGGUAGUUUCCCUUUGCCAUCUUUCUCAUUUCCUUUGUAUCAUCCGUAUGUUGUAUUCAAAAUUCCCAUCUUGAAUCAUUUGACUUUGGUGGGCCCCAUCUUCUCCAUACAUGUGAAUAAGUGAAUGGAUGCACAGCACAUGUUUUUGGAAUUUCUCUUUGUUUUCCUCUUUUGUAAACUACUAUCGUGCCAAGCUUCUGCAUUUGAGGACUGGCCACCCUUCCAACCAAAUCUUAUCACAUAUCAAGACUUCUCUGGUAGCAACGGCGGGCGGAUUUUGACUGGAACACCUCUAAUGGUGGCAGCCGUUCUUCAAUCACGAAAUUAGGGGGUUAAAAAUGUCCAACCCUCACAUCUUUCGCUUAGCUUCUUGAGCGCCGGGGUAGAGUGAGACCUGACGAAGCCGGCGACCAGAACGGAGAACCCAUUGCUGUGGCGGGGAGUGGACGACGCACGGACCUGCCUCUCCCAAGACGUGCCGCCGUCGUAGAAGGCGAACAUGAAAAGGCUAUGAGUCGUGGAGCAAAUGGCGGCGUGGCGGCUGUAGCCAUCGAAGACCGGCGCGCAGGUGGUUGACAGCGAAGAUUAAGAUUAGCAGCAGGGCACUUCAACUUGGCGGUUUUGCUAAUAGCCGGCGGUGAUGCAACAGUAGUCGGCGGCGAUGAAACGGUAGUCGGCGGUGAUGCAACGGUAGCUUCGGCGGUUUGCAGUGGCGGAAGAUAUCUCCUUCCGCAAGCUCUUUUGGUACUAUUAUUGAUGGCUUUGGGAAGGUGGGCGGCACCUGCAACCCUGACGGCGCACUUUGUGGCGGUGGUGACGGACUCCUGCGGUAGUGACACUUGUCUUUGGUGGCGAACUUUAGGGACGACGGCGUGGUUGCGCCGUUCUUGUGGCUUCAACGGUAACAGUAAAUUUUAGCAAGCUAUGAGCAGCGUGGGUGGCAUGUGGAUUUCUGGCAGCAACCACGAUGGCAACCCCCAAUUUUGGAGUCGGCAGUUGGUUUCGCCUGCUGUGACUAGAACUUUAUGAAAAGGCCGUCAAUUUGGGCAGUGCCACAUCGGUGACUAGCUCCAACCACGUGAAUGGUAGAUCCAGCAAGGGCGACGAUGAUCAACUUCCUCUAUUUGCCACAUAACUUCGGAUUUUAACCGCGGUUGGCCUCACCGCAGUGAUGGAAUUGGGCGGCUCCAACGAUCUCUGGCUGUUGCGGGGGUGGAUUGCAGCGGCGGGUUAGGGCGGCGGCGGCCGCAAUGGAAUUGAGCAAAGAUUGGUGCUUUAUCAGCAGCAAGCAUCAAUGGUGAUGUCGUAGCAUCAAUGGUGUUGUCUUCUUCUUUAUUUACCCUUUUUUCGUAAAAUUGAAAGUCAGAACAUAUGUUCUAUUUCUCCCCCUUUUAGUUUCUUUUUGCCUUUUGAAGCAUACCCACUCUCUCUUUUUUUUUGCCCACUUUUGUGUGGUAAGAGAAAAAAAUGGCCGAACAAAAAACACAACUUUUUGUUCGAGUCCCACGGAUGGCGCCAAAAUGAUGGUGUAAAUUAUCGACCAGUAUAUCGUUUUUAGUCGGGCAAAAACGAUAAACUAGUCUAAAAAGUACACCAAAAUAUAAACACGAGGAUUUUGACGUGGAAACCCAAAUUGGGAGAAAACCACGGCCCUUUUUUGCGGUACCUUGCCAACGGGGGAUUUUUAUUAAUAUCGGGGGUUGUACAUGGUACAUGAUUUUGGCUAGAAAGCCAUUAAUGGAAGCUAUGGAAGCUUGAAGCUUCUUUGAAGAAAUAAACUACCACGUAUAAAAAUUCUAGAGAGAGAUGAAGUGGGCAGGGGAAAGUGUGAUUGG